GUCACGGUAACUGGCCCCAAAGUGGUCUACUUCGGCACACCACUUGAGUUGGUCUGCCGGGCCCGUUUCAACUCGCUCGAUGCCAAGGCUGACCCUUACAAGAGGUUAGAAUGGCACCAUCUUGGUGUCCAACGUUUGCCUUCCGCCUCAACAAACCAUGAUGUAAUGUUAGGAAAAAUACCUGGCAACCCCUCCACUGGACAGCAAAAUUUGCUGCCUGGAAUGGGACCCGGAGGAAAUGGUGGCGUAUACAUAAAUCAACAAUGGAUGGAUUCUGAUCUGCUAGAGAGUCGUAUGUAUGUGGCUUGGGCAAGUCAGCGUGACGCUGGAUCAUGGAUAUGCGUAGAAACUAGCAGUGUUCAUCGUCAUCGUUCCAAAAGCAAGGCAAUUAUAGAUGCCAUUUUAGCAGACCAGGUGAUCAGUCUUUUCACAAUUCCAUUUGUUCCACUUUUUACUCAUUUCCCAGUUAUUUUAUUUAUUUAA